AUGCACUCUUCUGUCACUAAUAUACAACCGCAUACAUACACAAGUACUGCUCAUAUGGACAAUCUCACUGGCUUACCGCGAACGCCCAUGAUCUCACCGUAUGACCAUCCGCUCGACAUCAAGCAAGACCCGGUAGAGAAACGCCAUGAAAAGGAAUCGAAGAAACAGAGGCGCAACCGGACAACCUUCACUACCUUUCAGUUGCACGAAUUGGAGCAAGCAUUUGAGCAAAGUCACUAUCCAGAUGUGUACGCUCGUGAGCAACUCGCUAACAAAGUGAAGCUGCCUGAAGUCCGAGUUCAGGUUCGUGAUAAUCACUAG